AUGGUCUCCCGGUCUCACGAAGGGGGUGAGGGGCAGGCCCGCCCUCUCACCCCUUCCUCCAGGACCCCCGGCACCCCAGUCAAGCCGAGACUGCCACGACUCGCGACGAGUCCGUCCAAACGGGAGGAAAGAUCCAAGGAGGACAAAGUGUCCAAGUCGUCGGCCAAGGAUGUGGCGGAGCUCAAAGACUACCAAUUGGGCGAUUGCCUGGGAAAAGGCGCGUUCGGGUCCGUUUAUAGGGCGUUGAAUUGGAACACGGGGGAAACCGUUGCUGUGAAGCAAAUCAAGCUGACGGAUUUGCCCAAGAGCGAGCUGCGUGUGAUAAUGCUGGAGAUCGAUCUGCUCAAAAACCUGGAUCAUCCCAACAUCGUCAAGUACCAUGGAUUCGUCAAAUCGGCAGAAACCUUAAACAUUAUUCUAGAGUACUGCGAGAAUGGCUCGUUACACUCCAUCGCGAAGAACUUCGGCCGCUUCCCGGAAAACUUGGUGGGUCUGUAUAUGUCCCAGGUUCUCCAUGGGCUUUUGUAUCUGCACGAGCAGGGUGUCAUCCAUCGAGAUAUCAAAGGGGCCAACAUCUUGACGACAAAGGAAGGCCUGGUGAAGCUUGCAGACUUUGGCGUGGCAAGUCGUACCACGGGCUUGAGUGAGUCCAGCGUCGUGGGCACGCCUUAUUGGAUGGCUCCCGAGGUCAUUGAGCUCUCGGGUGCGACAACCGCUUCCGAUAUCUGGAGUUUGGGGUGCACGGUCAUCGAACUACUCGAGGGCAAGCCUCCGUACCAUAACUUGCAGCCCAUGCCGGCGCUCUUCCGCAUCGUCAACGAUGAUCAUCCUCCACUUCCGCAGGGUGCCUCACCGGCUGUCAAAGACUUCCUCAUGCAAUGUUUCCAGAAAGAUCCGAACCUGCGUGUCUCUGCGAGAAAAUUGCUCAAGCACCCAUGGAUCGUCAACGCACGCAGAUCUGAUUCGGUUGUCCCCAAGAAAUCAACGGAGUAUGAAGAGGCCGUGAAAAGUGUCCAGGAAUGGAACGAAGCUCUGCGGUCCCCCGGAGCCGGAGUUUCCAAAAAGCCACACAAGCUGGACCACAACGCUGCACCUCUGCCCUCCAACCGGAAUGCUUCUUUAGUUGACACAUUGCCAUCGCCUACUACAAAGCCAACCGCAGGCCGCUUUCGAACCGCCGAGUCGGCAGAUGACAAUUGGGACGAUGACUUUGCCACGGCAAUAUCCCCCAGUGCAUUACACCUUCCCCAUCUGCGACCACAGGAUAACUUUGGUGGCAAGCUCUCAUCAGAAAGGCUCAAGGCUUUUGCCUCGCUUGAUGGGUCUGUUCUACGAUCCGAGGAUAGCUUUGAUAGCUUUGACGAUACUUCCAAAGGCUCUCUCCAACCGGUCGACGAAGAUCCCCUGCAGACCAUUCGCCCGUAUCCAGCCAAACCAGCCGUUUCUGAGCCUUCAAAAUCUCAGAGUCCUUCACGCCGCCAGUCUAACAGAAGCUCGACAUCCACCUUGAACAACAUUCCGAUCCGCACACAAAAUCCUGCCCCACCGAUGAGACGGACUCGACCCGCAUCUCUCUACAAGGAGAACUCUGUCGAGGAUUAUACUGACCUAAUCAUGGCAAACGAGGACUCGCUGGACCGCAAGCUGGGUUAUUUUCACGAAUCGGACGAGGACCUUUCCUCUCCAACCCAUGACAAGAUUGGGUAUGAUUCAUCGCAUGAUGAUCUGGGUGGCCAACACCCACAGCUUCGCAAACAACUCUCCGUCAAGCGUGACCGCUCGACAAUAGAGAUCCAAAAGUUUGCAGAGAAUGAGAACGAUGAAGACUUCUCCGAUAUUCUAGGGACCGACCAGGUGACUCUGGACCAGCCGGAGAGUGAUCAAGGCUCUGAUAGAAGCACUCUAAUGCUGAACUCGAAACUCUCAAACAAUUCCUGGCUUGGAGAUCAGGAUGAUGACGAUGACCCCUUUGCUCAAUUGGAAGAAGGAUUCGAUGAAAUGGAUCUGGAAGCCAACAUCGCUCGCGACAAAUAUGCUCGGCUUCGAAACCAAGUGGAGGGUCUUGUGGGCUCUUUGAAAACCUCUCAAGACGAGGAAGUUCUUGCAGAAAUCUCAGAGCAACUUCUCACGAUUUUCUGUGAUCUUCCAGAGACGAAGAACAUUAUUAUCAGCGCCCAUGGAAUGCUGCCAAUCCUGGAAAUUCUCGAUACGUGUCGACGACGGGACGUUGUCUUCUGUCUUCUGAGGGUUGUCAACGCCAUCAUCUAUAACGACUAUGAGAUCCAGGAGAAUCUCUGUUUCGUCGGAGGAAUACCCAUUGUCAAUGAGUUUGCGUCGAAAAAAUAUCCUCGGGAGAUUCGGUUGGAAGCUGCUGCCUUUGUUCAGCAGAUGUAUCAGACAUCGACCUUGACACUCCAAAUGUUCGUCAGUGCUGGUGGUCUGAACGUCUUGGUGGAGUUUCUGGAAGAUGACUACGAAGAUGAACGCGACCUGGUUUUGAUCGGAGUGAAUGGGAUCUGGAGUGUUUUCGAGCUCCAAGGAUCAACUCCCAAGAACGACUUCUGCAGAAUUCUAUCACGCAACUCUGUUCUCGAUCCCUUAUCGCUCGUUCUGGGUCGGGCACUUGACGAGGAGGGCGAACUGGCUGAGAUCAUUGAGGGCCGCAUUGCAAACAUCUUCUUCAUUUUCUCGCAGGCCGAGAAUCAUGUCAAGGAGAUGGUUGCUGAGCGCACGGUCUUGCACAGAGUUCUGAAGGAACUACGCCGCAUGACUCCCCUCCACCAGAUCACGAUGCUCAAGUUUAUCAAGAACCUGUCGAUGCUCUCCACCACCCUAGAAUCCCUCCAAAACUCGAACGCCAUUGAUGUACUAACCGACCUGCUUCGUUCAACCAUGAAACGAACCCAUUUCCGUGAAGUCUCCAACCAAAUCCUCAACACUAUCUACAACAUGUGUCGUUUGAACAAGUCUCGACAGGAGGAUGCGGCGCUGAAUGGAAUCGUCCCCUUGCUCCAAAAAAUUGUCAAGACAGAACGGCCGCUGAAGGAGUUUGCGUUGCCGAUUCUUUGCGACAUGGCGCAGUCUGGGAAGGUCGGCCGUCGCGAGCUAUGGCGAAACAAGGGCCUUGCCUUUUAUAUCUCUCUUCUUGCGGAUCCGUAUUGGCAAGUCACAGCUCUGGAUGCCAUCUUCACAUGGCUCCAAGAAGAGACCGCCAAGGUGGAAGAGCACCUCCUGAGCAACCGCCAGGACAAAACGACAUCGUUCACCGACGCUAUUGUGCGGUGCCUGACGCUCUCCAAGGCCAACGCAUUUGAAAAUCUCCUAGAGCCUCUGCAGAAACUGCUUCGCUUGAGUCCUCCCGUGGCAGCUACACUUGCCCGGCCAGACCUCUUCACCAGGCUCGGACAAAAGCUGCACCACAACAAAACCGCAGUGCGACUCAACCUUCUACGAAUCAUCUCCAGUAUCUGCGACUCCAGCGACCACCAAGGAGGUCUCCUUGCGACGUACGGUCUUCUGAACGCAAUCCGCGAGCUCGAAAACGACCCAGCCAUUCUCGUCAGAGAUAUGGCCGGCAAGCUCAUACAGUCGACCGAGCACAGCGAAGCCUUCGGCGUCAUUAACAAGCGCAGACCAACAAGCAGUCGGCGCCAAAGCACUACCACGCCUCCAAAUCCCUACCCGGGCUCAACACCCUCAACCCCACAAACAAACCGCACCAGUCAGUCAAGAGGCUACUUUGAAGGCCGCGAGACACCCAGACACCCCCGCAAUGCCCUCAGCAGCUCCUCUCUAGCCCUCCGACCCGGCAGCCGGGACGGCAGUGCCUCCGCUCUGGGGUCAGCCGUGAAUGGAAAUAUGCCUCCGCCACGACCGCGGGUCGCCCGCGGCAUGUCGAAUCGUCUCUCUCACGUUGAAAUGCUGCAGGAAGAUGACUCUAAGACUCCGAGCUCGCUCAGUCGCCGGCCCUCUGUUAUUCCGCGACGCACCCGCCGCCCUACCAUCGCUGACUCUGAAUGGACUUGA